UGAGGCAACUCCCCUGCAGGCCAGGAUGGCGGCCCAGGUGACACUGGAGGAUGCGCUGUCCAAUGUGGACCUCCUGGAAGAAUUACCUCUGCCUGACCAGCAGCCCUGCAUUGAGCCCCCGCCGUCCUCAUUGCUCUACCAGCCAAAUUUCAACACUAACUUUGAGGAUAGAAAUGCAUUUGUCACAGGCAUUGCAAGAUACAUUGAACAAGCAACUGUUCACUCCAGCAUGAAUGAGAUGCUAGAGGAAGGCCAAGAGUAUGCCGUCAUGCUGUACACCUGGAGGAGCUGCUCCCGUGCGAUUCCACAGGUGAAAUGUAAUGAACAGCCCAAUCGAGUGGAAAUUUAUGAGAAAACUGUGGAGGUCCUGGAACCCGAGGUCACAAAACUGAUGAAUUUCAUGUACUUCCAGAGGAAUGCCAUUGAACGCUUCUGUGGGGAGGUAAGACGACUGUGCCACGCUGAGAGGAGGAAGGACUUUGUGUCUGAAGCUUACCUGAUUACUCUGGGCAAAUUCAUCAACAUGUUCGCUGUGUUGGAUGAGCUGAAAAACAUGAAGUGCAGCGUAAAGAACGACCACUCAGCAUAUAAGAGAGCUGCUCAGUUUUUACGGAAGAUGGCAGACCCCCAGUCUAUCCAGGAAUCGCAGAAUCUGUCCAUGUUCUUGGCCAAUCAUAACAAGAUCACACAAUCGCUGCAGCAGCAGCUCGAAGUGAUUUCUGGCUAUGAGGAGCUACUAGCAGACAUCGUGAACCUGUGUGUAGACUACUAUGAGAACAGGAUGUACCUGACGCCCAGUGAGAAGCACAUGUUACUAAAGGUUAUGGGGUUUGGUCUGUAUUUGAUGGAUGGAAGUGUAAGCAACAUCUAUAAACUAGAUGCCAAGAAAAGAAUAAACCUAUCUAAAAUUGACAAAUACUUUAAGCAACUCCAGGUGGUUCCACUGUUCGGUGACAUGCAAAUAGAACUGGCAAGAUACAUCAAGACCAGUGCCCACUAUGAGGAAAAUAAAUCUCGGUGGACGUGCACCUCCUCUGGCAGCAGCCCGCAGUACAACAUCUGUGAGCAGAUGAUUCAGAUCCGGGAGGACCACAUGCGCUUCAUCUCAGAGCUGGCACGCUACAGCAACAAUGAGGUUGUCACAGGGUCAGGUCGCCAGGAAGCUCAGAAGACAGAUGCUGAGUACCGGAAGUUGUUCGACCUGGCGCUGCAGGGCCUGCAGCUCCUAUCCCAGUGGAGUGCUCACGUCAUGGAAGUGUAUUCAUGGAAACUUGUGCACCCAACGGACAAAUACUCCAACAAGGACUGUCCUGACAACGCAGAGGAAUACGAGCGCGCCACCCGCUACAACUACACCAGUGAGGAGAAGUUCGCUCUGGUGGAGGUGAUUGCCAUGAUCAAAGGCUUACAGGUGCUGAUGGGCAGAAUGGAGAGUGUGUUCAAUCAUGCCAUCCGCCACACCAUCUAUGCUGCGCUGCAGGACUUCUCCCAGGUCACUCUCAGGGAGCCAUUGCGGCAGGCCAUCAAGAAGAAAAAGAACGUCAUUCAGAGUGUCCUGCAGGCCAUCAGGAAGACUGUGUGUGACUGGGAGACAGGACAUGAGCCCUUCAAUGACCCGGCCCUGCGUGGAGAGAAGGACCCCAAGAGUGGCUUCGACAUCAAAGUGCCCCGGCGAGCUGUGGGCCCCUCCAGCACACAGCUUUACAUGGUGAGAACCAUGCUAGAGUCCCUCAUUGCAGACAAAAGUGGUUCCAAGAAAACUUUGAGAAGUAGCCUUGAGGGGCCUACCAUAUUGGACAUAGAAAAAUUCCACCGCGAGUCAUUCUUCUACACUCACUUGAUAAAUUUCAGUGAGACGCUCCAGCAGUGCUGUGACCUUUCACAGCUGUGGUUCCGUGAGUUCUUCUUGGAGUUGACGAUGGGCAGGAGGAUCCAGUUUCCCAUUGAGAUGUCCAUGCCUUGGAUCCUGACCGACCAUAUCCUGGAGACUAAAGAGGCAUCCAUGAUGGAGUAUGUGCUAUAUUCCUUGGACCUGUACAACGACAGUGCCCACUAUGCCCUUACCAGGUUCAACAAGCAGUUUCUCUACGACGAAAUCGAGGCAGAGGUGAAUCUGUGCUUUGACCAAUUUGUUUACAAGCUGGCAGACCAGAUAUUUGCAUAUUAUAAAGUUAUGGCAGGAAGUUUGCUUCUUGAUAAACGCCUGCGAUCAGAGUGUAAGAACCAGGGGGCAACGAUCCACCUGCCACCCUCAAACCGCUAUGAGACUCUGCUCAAGCAGAGGCAUGUACAGCUCCUGGGAAGGUCCAUAGACCUCAAUCGGCUGAUUACCCAGCGGGUCUCAGCAGCCAUGUAUAAGUCUCUAGAACUGGCAAUCGGACGAUUUGAAAGUGAAGAUCUGACAUCUAUAGUUGAGCUGGAUGGCCUUUUGGAAAUAAACCGCAUGACCCACAAACUGCUGAGCAGAUACCUGACGCUGGACAGCUUUGACGCCAUGUUCCGGGAGGCUAAUCACAACGUGUCUGCACCCUAUGGAAGAAUCACCCUCCAUGUCUUCUGGGAGCUCAACUAUGACUUCCUUCCUAACUACUGCUAUAAUGGAUCUACCAACCGAUUUGUUCGAACAGUAUUACCAUUUUCUCAAGAGUUUCAAAGAGAUAAACAACCUAAUGCACAACCUCAGUAUUUGCAUGGAUCAAAGGCUCUGAACCUGGCCUACUCCAGCAUUUAUGGCAGCUACCGGAACUUUGUGGGGCCUCCGCAUUUCCAGGUCAUCUGCAGGCUGCUGGGCUACCAGGGCAUCGCUGUGGUCAUGGAGGAGCUACUGAAGGUCGUCAAGAGCCUGCUGCAAGGCACCAUCCUGCAGUAUGUGAAGACGCUGAUGGAGGUGAUGCCCAAGAUCUGCCGGCUUCCCCGGCAUGAGUACGGCUCUCCUGGAAUCCUGGAAUUCUUCCACCACCAGCUGAAGGACAUCGUAGAAUAUGCAGAGCUAAAGACUGUGUGCUUCCAGAACCUGCGGGAGGUGGGCAACGCUGUCCUCUUCUGCCUGCUGAUUGAGCAGAGUCUGUCUCUGGAAGAAGUGUGUGACCUGCUGCAUGCAGCACCUUUUCAGAACAUCUUGCCACGGGUUCAUGUGAAAGAGGGAGAGAGACUUGAUGCCAAGAUGAAAAGGCUGGAAUCAAAGUAUGCCCCACUGCAUCUUGUCCCUCUAAUUGAAAGACUGGGGACCCCUCAGCAAAUUGCAAUUGCAAGAGAGGGGGACUUGCUGACCAAGGAGCGUCUCUGUUGUGGCCUGUCUAUGUUUGAGGUCAUCCUAACUCGGAUCCGGUCAUUUCUGGAUGAUCCCAUCUGGCGUGGGCCUCUGCCCAGCAAUGGCGUCAUGCAUGUGGAUGAAUGUGUGGAGUUUCACAGACUGUGGAGUGCCAUGCAGUUUGUCUACUGCAUUCCUGUGGGAACACAUGAGUUCACAGUUGAGCAGUGUUUUGGUGAUGGGCUCCACUGGGCUGGUUGCAUGAUCAUUGUACUUCUUGGGCAACAACGACGCUUUGCUGUCCUGGAUUUCUGCUACCAUUUACUUAAAGUCCAGAAGCAUGACGGCAAAGAUGAGAUAAUCAAAAACGUGCCCUUGAAGAAGAUGGUAGAGAGAAUUCGCAAAUUCCAGAUUCUGAAUGAUGAGAUCAUCACCAUCUUGGACAAGUACUUGAAGUCUGGUGAUGGAGAAAGCACACCUGUGGAGCAUGUGCGCUGCUUCCAGCCCCCCAUCCACCAGUCCCUGGCCAGCAGCUGAGGACAUGUUUAUUACCUGUUUUCGAGGACUCCCAAUACUAAUAGCAUUUAAGGGCAUGCUUUUCUUUCCAUAAACCAUGUAGUGAAAUUUUUAGGGACUAUUUUUCAGUAUCUUUGUGCCUGUUUAAGAAAAGGGGGGGGGUCUUUGCAAUCUAAAAGCUUAAUUUUAUAAAAUUAUUUUUCUAGACUAAAAUUGUAUAUGCUUUUGGUAAUUAGAAAUUCUGAGACUAUUGGCUGCUGAUUGUUGCUAUCAUGUUCUUACAAUAUGUUCCCCCCCCCACCCCCCCCGGGGAUGUUCCAACAUCUAGCUGUGUCAUAAAAUGCUGAGUUAAUCCAUUAACAGUUUAGGGAAGGGUCAGUAGGGUUUAAAAGACAUUUACAGAUUUAAGCAAGAGACAAUAUCAACUAAUUGUAAUAAAAUCAUUUGCCAAUUAGAAUUAAACUUAAUGAGUAAUUAUUUAGCUUUUCCUUAGGAUUUUUCUGAUGCGGUCUUUUAUGAAUACACUUUUCUAAGUCCUCCUCCCCCCUUUUGUGUAUCAGUGUAUAAGAAAAAUGAAUUUCACUUCUUUGCUUCCAAUAAAUCCAGUUACCCCCAACUCUUAAAUCGUAUGGUUUAAAAGUUAUAGAAAUAAAAACAAAUUGAAGCCUC